AUGUCCAGAUGCCCGAUGACACCUCAUAUCUCCGAGGCCAAGGAUGACGAACAUCGAACGAAAUUGGAGGACCUGUUUGGUUCUUUUGAGGGACAAGUGAUGCAUGACUUGAAAUAUCAGUUGCUGGGUGAUCUUGAAGCGCUACAGGAGGAUCAGCGGGCGCAUCACACUGUGAAGCUGGAGGAGCAGACGGCCGCACAUAGAACGGAAUUGGACACGGCUUUGGAGGCGGAGAGAAGUCAUCGGCGAGAUGCUUUGGAAUUGGCGCUCCAAGUAGUCCAGGAUCAACAUGCUCAUCACUCGCAAAAACUGCAGGACAAAGACGCCGAGUUUUCCAGGUUCGAGGAGGAGCUACUGCAGCACCGGCAGGCCUUAGACCUGGCGCUGCAGGUGAUGAAGGACAGAGAAGAACAUUGCGCAAAUGCCUUAGAGGAGCAACGUGUGGAACAUGAACAAAUUUUCAAUCAAACAUUGGAGGAACAACGUGCUCAGCAUAAGUCCGCGUUGGAGCUGGCACUUCAGGUAAUGCAGGACAGAGAAGACUAUUUUGCAAAUGCCUUGGAGGAGCAACGUGCUGAGCAUGAAUGCCUCUUCAAUCAAGUGUUGGAGGAACAGCGUGCUCAACACAGGUCUGAAUUGGAGCUUGCCUUUCAGGUGCUACAGGACAAAGAUCAGCAUGUGGCAGCUGCACUGGAGGAGCAGCAAGCCCAACACAAAGCAGAGUUGGAACGAGUGGUCCGGGAGCAACUUGCCGGACAUGAAGUUGAGAUGGAACGAGCUAUGCAGGAACAUCAGGCUCACCAUCAAUCCACCUUGGAUCUGGCACAACAGAUUGUUCAGGACAAGGAUGAUCACCAUGCCAGGACGUUGGAGGAUCAUCACGAGCAAUUCCAAUCUGAGAUGGAACGAGCACUGCAGGCCCAAAGACUACAACAUCAAUCAGACAAGAAUGUCCAGCAGCAAAAUCAUGCCCGCGAGAUGGAGGUCAAGGUACAGGAGCUGCAACGGGAAGCGCAGCAUCGCGGCUGCGUAGCCAUGACACGGCGAUGGCAGGGCAAGACGGAUCCGUUGGUUCCGUACAUCGACACCUUUGGCCAGGACUUGCCCAAGCCUUGGCCCAAGCCCGGCGCCCGCCGUGAAACGACGCCGCCCCGUGGCCCAGUGGCGGUGGCACCGCAGGCUCCACCAGCGCCGAUGGAAACUUUGGAGGUUACUUCUCCCAUUCCUCGCGAGUCGUUGCCAUCCGCGGUGUCGCCCAGCCUAUUCGAAACCACGGACAUCGAGGAGCUUCGAGAGACCAUCAUGAGGGAAGAGAAGGAAAAGGCGGCUGAAGCCUGGGCGCUGGAAGAACAGAAGCUGCAGGAGAAGCUUGCAGCGAAGGAUCGAGAAAUGGAGAAACUGAGAGAACAGCACCAGCUUGCUUGUGAAGCACUGCUUCGGCGAAAGGAGCAGGAGAUCAACGAUGUCCUACGCGAAGAACAGUUGCAGCAUCAGGAGCUCCAAGAAAAGGCGGAAGUCCGAAGUCAGGAGCAGCUUGGCGAAAGGGAGAAGGAAAUCAUGAUGCUAAAGCAGGAGAACCAGUUCCAGCGUGAAGAGCUCAUUUUGCGCCAGCAGGAGCUGCAAGCUGCCGGCACGGAAGUUUGGGAGCAGAAGGAAAAGCAGCUGGAGGAGCAACUUGCUGCAAAGGAGGCAGAAAUAUUGAAACUUCAGAAGGAACGCCAGCUGCAGAACGAGGACUUCUUCCGCCAGGAACAAGCGAUUCAACAGAUCCGAGAAGAGGAACGCGCAGAGAACCAGGAGACGGCCAAGACGCUAGAGAGGCUGCAGGAGCAAUUGGUUGAGAAAGACAUCCUGAUCGAUGCCCUGAAGGAAGAGAACAGGAUGAAACAUGAAGAAGUGCUCCGCCAAGAGGCGGAGAUGAAAGAAACGCUUCAUGAAGAGCAAUUGCGCAACCAGGAGAUCAGAGACAUGAUGAUCUUUGAAGAGACUGAGAAAACCAGCAACUUCUUCGCGAUGAAGGAAAAGGACCUGCAGGAAAAGCUUGCAGACGGUGACUUGCAGAUCACCACCCUGAGGAAAGAAAACAAGUCCAAGGAUGAGGAGAUCCUUUGCAAAGACCAAGCACUGCAAGAGAUUCAGGAGGCAUGCCGGCGACAGCAGGAGCAGCUGUCGCAGAAAGACCUUCAGAUCGAAAUGCUGCGCGAAAGCCAGUUGCAGCACGAGGAACGGCUGAUGCACAGGGACCAGGAGACACAAGAGAUGCUACGGGAAGAACGAGCACACCAGGAGGAUGAAAUACUCAAAUUGCAAGCGGAAAUUGAAGUUAUGAAGGAAGAUCGACAGACGGUGGAUGAUCUCUCGGCACAAAAAGCGGAGCUUCAAGCGCUUCUGGCAGAGGAACAGCGCAGCAACGAGGAGCUUCGUGCAGAGAUGAUGCGCUGCAGCGAGCAGAACACCGCGCAGGUUUUUGCUAAGGAGGCGCAGUUUGAGUUGGACUUGGCUGAAGUUUCAGAUCAGAAGGUCUCCCUGGAAGCACAGUUGGCGGCUUUGACGCAACGUUUGGAUGAGGAGCAAGCAGAACGAAUCCGCCAGGGAGCACGUGCCGAGAGUUUAGAGAGGGACUUGAAGGCGUUGCGGAGCCUGCGAGUGGAGGAACAGGAAGCGAAACGUGAAGUCGACAGUCAAAAUAGUUGGCAUCGGCUGGUUCGAAGUGCUGCUGUGCAGGCUGAGUUGUCUUCGUUGCGCACAUCACAGCGCUGCUUCCAUUCAGAGGUUCUGAAGCUUCGUGCUGAGAAGACUCAGGAGCAAGCCCAGCUUGCGGAUUUGACCACCUGCGUGGAUGAGAACGAGAAACUUCUCAGCGCCAACCGCGAGCUCUCCUUAUCCUUGCAGCAGUUCAAGCAAGAGAACGAGCAGCUCCAAGUCGACAACAGGAGUUUGCUGGAAAGCGUGGCCCUCUUCGAGGCGGAUCUGGAGAAGGUCUCGGAUCGUCAUGCGCAGCUCAUUGGCCACGUGAAUAAGAAGCAGAAGAUCCGAUACACCGUGAAGCUGAAGGACGAAUGUUCGCAGCUCCGCUUGGAGCUCAACAAGGCCCGGCAUCGCCUGAAUCAGUUGGAAGGAAGUCGGAGAAGCGACAACCUCUUCGGUGCCUUGGCGUCCCUGGGCUACGACGGAGGCCUCGAUUUGCGCGGCAGCAGCGAGUCCAAGAGGUUGCAGGAGUGCGCGUUGGAACGAGUGAAUGCUGAUUUCCGGCACUUGGUCUCGUUGGUUCAGUCGGCCAUCGGCGACGGAGUGGACCGUUCCAGCGCGGACUUUGCUGAGCUGCUCCAAGCCUUGCGAAACAGGUCCAAGGAAGGGCAAGUGGGCCGGCACCCGGCGCUUCGAAUUCCCCGCAAGCAGAUCUCGCCCAUGCAGUCGCCGGCGAAGUCAGUGGAAGAGAUGGAGGAAAAAGCCGUGGUCGUGGCCAGUGCAAGUGCUUUGUUCCUGGAGGAUCAGGAGAACAUGGCCAGUGCUCAGAAUUGUGACAGCGAUCAGCUUCGGGAGGCGAAGAAAGUACUGCUGCAGAUCAAUCAAUGCAUCGGUUCGGGGCGAAAACUCUAUGGCCAACACGUCUCCGAUUCCUGGGGAUUCUUUCAGGUCUUGCAACGUAAAGGUGCCAUUCAGCAGAAAGAUGUCGCCCAGGGCUUGAAGCGCUUGGACAUCACUCUCUCCCAGAGCGCCAUGGAUGCUCUGAUCCACGCUACCUGGUGCAGCUGCGGAUGGGCGGCUGAGAUGUUCCGCGUUGGACGCGGGUUAUUUGGGGAGCUGUUGGACAGAUCCAUCGAGCCCCAAAAGCUGCUGAGCGAUGCGAUGCUAGCGAUGCUCGCGGAAAGCGAGCGACGUCCGCUAGGUGAAGUUGAAGAGGAAAGGGAAGUGCACCAUGAACGCGAGCUUCAGGCACUGAGAGAAGCACAUCGUUUGGAACUGGACACUGCAAUGCAGGCGAAAGAAACCGAAGCUGCGAAGAAGAUGAAGGACAUGGAGAAGGUCUGGGAACAACGCUUCGAAAAAAGGUCCAAGGUGCUGCUGGCUUGUCUCAGAGAAGCUGUGCAGGUCAUGGAGGAGGUCACCCUGGAAGUGGAAUUCGCACCUCUGGUCAGAGAAAGGAAGGAGGACUUCGUCUACGAACUUUCCAUGGCCACCUUUCCGGUGGUGUGUUUGGAUGCCUCGCCGUCGACUCCGUUGAUGGUGACCUUGGCAGCCUUCGAGGUGGAGGCCCUGGGUAAAGCCAUGGACGGUGGUGUUGAGUUGCAAACCUUUGGACGUUGCCAAAAGGUGGACGAAGCGCUCGGGUGGUUUCCGGGGUUUCCCAACGGCUGGAGAGUUCCAUGGGAGGUGAAGGUUGGAAAUCUUCCAACUUUUGCAGAGCCAGCAAAGGGGAUAGUGGAGCAUUUAGAACGGGCCCAGUAG